AUGUCUUUGAGGAUAGGCUGUCUGGCAUGUGAGACGCUCGCUUCAACUGACCCUAACUCUACCGCUAAAUUCAACUGCCCCUACCUAUACAGCUCGCUUGAACUGCCCCUAACUCUACCGCUAACUUCAACUGCCCCUACCUCUACAGCUCCUUCAACUGACCCUAACUCUACCGCUAACUUCAACUGCCCCUACCUAUACAGCUCGCUUGAACUGCCCCUAACUCUACCGCUAACUUCAACUGCCCCUACCUCUACAGCUCCUUCAACUGACCCUAACUCUACCGCUAACUUCAACUGCCCCUACCUAUACAGCUCGCUUGAACUGCCCCUAACUCUACCGCUAACUUCAACUGCCCCUAUCUCUACAGCUCACUUCAACUGCCCCUAUAUCUACAGCUCACUUCAACUGCCCCUGCCUCUACAGCUCCCUUCAAUUGCUCCUACCUCUACAGCUCACUUCAAAUGCCCCUACAUCUACAGCUCACUUCAACUGCUCCUACCUCUACAGCUCACUUCAACGGCCCCUACCUCUGCAGCUCACUUCAACGGCCCCUACCUCAACAGCUCACUUCAACGGCCCCUACCUCUAACGCUUACUUCAACGGCCCCUACCUCUACAGCUCACUUCAACUGCUCCUACCUCUACAGCUCACUUCAACGGCCCCUACCUCAACAGCUCACUUUAACGGCCCCUACCUCAACAGCUCACGUCAACGGCCCCUACCUCAACAGCUCACUUCAACGGUCCCUACCUCUAACGCUUACUUCAACUGCCCCUACCUCUACAGCUCACUUCAAUUGCCCCUUCUUCUACAGCUCACUUCAACUGCUCCUACCUCUGCAGUUCACUUCAAAUGCCCCUACAUCUACAGCUCAUUAA